AAUUUGUACUGAAGCUCAGACUCCCGCCCUGUCAUGAACGGCGGUGCAAGGAUGGCGCCUAGAUGGACAGCGGCACGAUGGAUGAAUGAGUGGAUAAAACCACAGAUGGAUGAACCACCACCUCAGAUUGUACAAAGGCCGUUGAGAUGUGACCGACCCAUUGUUACGUACGUGAACAGUCAUAGUUCCGUUCACACCGCUCAAGGGUUCUGGCAUCGGAACGGCCAAUUAGGGUUGCUCAGAGCUCAAGUGAUAGUUCUCGUUUGGUUGAUUGCCAAUCUGCGUGGGCAUGGUGUAUCCAUGCGUUUAGUGCCGUUCGUCUUCUAUCGGUGUACUGCGUUACAGUGACAAUCAAGUUUCUGAGUAGUCCUUCACCGUCCAGUUCAGGAGCGAGUGAAGUAUCUUCUUGGUCACGUCAUUCUUGAGGAGAAAAUUAAGCGAUCGACGCAAAUCAUGACAAGCGUCGCUAAACUGAGGAUCACUGCUAAUUACAUGAUGGAUCAGUCACAGCUUUGGCCACCACUGGAAGUAUUCCUCGUAAAUCGUAGGAGAUUACUUUUCAGGGUUGCACGUUGACAUAGGUUACGACAUUCAGACAGCUGCAACUUCCCGAUUAUCCCUCUUAUGAGGCAUUGUUGCUGAGACUGGUAGCUAAUCACUUCCUCUUGUAUAAUGCUUGGGAGGUGGUUCAACGACGCAGACAUUGAUGAGAUUCAGAGAUUGUGGAUUUUCUUACAUCUCUCGUCCGAUCACGGUUUGAUCGACGCUCUGAUGGUGGGAUGAUUGUUCUGUAUAAAUAUCCACGAUGAACAGCAGUAGUUGCUGUUCCCCAUAUUCGCUGAAACCAGCCAAUCUUAUCUUUGGAUGUCAGUUUGUAGGGCAAUUGGAGUUCAAGAAUGUAGCCGCAUGGCGUUGCCAUUGUGCGUGAGCAUGUUCGUUAAGAGGUUACAAUGAACUUACACGGUAGUGGGACCUCGCCCAGUAUUAUUCAUUUCUAAUGCAAACCUGCUUCAGGAUUCAGCUCAGUUGAUCAGCAAGCCAGGUGAACUUCAAUUGUUGCCUUUGGCAACAUACAGUACAACCACCAGAUAGUCAAGAUGUUCUAUCCCGUCGCUCUUCCACCCUUCAACACCAACUGUAUAUGAUCUCUUCGCUGAUAGUGGAUAUUUUUCAGUAAAUGAGAAA